AUGACUGACUAUUACAACUUUGAAUUGGAGCGACUACAGAAAUCUGAGAGAAACAGUGGGAUCCCUCUGCAAUUCUCUAUACCGACUUUGCCAUACUCUACUCCUUACAACCACAGAUGGCCAAUCCCUUUCCCCCCAGCUAAACAUUCAAAGACGGUCCGCAGUCCUUUCCCUCUGUCUCAUGGAACAACGACCUUGGGUUUCAUCUUCCAAGGUGGGGUCAUUGCAGCUGCAGACACUCGUGCCAGUGCUGGGGGGCUUGUUGCCUGUCCAGCUGUUCACAAGAUUACUCCUAUUCACUCCCAUUUAGUCGUCACCUCCUCUGGUAGCGGCGCAGACUGCAUGCUGUGGGAGCGAAUUCUGGCCAGAGAGAUCAGACUCUACCAACUGCGUCACAAACGUUGCCUGUCAAUACGUGGCACUGCCAAGCUCCUUUCAUUUAUGCUGCACCCCUUUAAAGGGACCAAGUUAUGUGUGGCUCUUACGCUUUGUGGCUGGGAUAAGGAUGGCCCAAAGCUGAUAUAUGUGUGCAGUGAUGGAGCCCGACUGCAGGGGGACAUCUUUUCUGUGGGCUCAGGCUCUCCCUAUGCUUAUGGAGUCCUGGAUGGAGGGCUGAGUUGGAGCUUGAGUAAAGAAGAGGCCAUCUCUUUGGCAAGAGAAGCAGUGUUCAGAGCCACUCACAGGGACGCCUACUCAGGAAACAAUGUGGACCUCUUCCACAUCACAGCCCAGGGUUGGAGCCAAAGAAAGAGAGAGGACUUGAAAGAGGAAUAUUAUAGAGACAUGGAGAGGAGGGCGAAGAUACAUGACUCAAUAAAUUUUCGUACCCUAAUCCGCCGGAAGUAGCUUGCUCAUCAGACAGUUUCAAAGAUGGCUCUUGCUAGUGUGUUGAACAGUGAUUGUGCGAAUUUUUCAUUUGAUAAUUGUCAACCAAAUGGCUUUGGUUGUGGACAGAGCAGUCUGGGAUUUGACGCUACGCCGGGAGACGGUCUUAGUUUUUCGGUCAAAAACCCGCUGUGUGCCGUGGACGAGGAUGACGUCGAAAGGAAAAUAGAGUUCCUGCACGGGACCACCACCUUAGCAUUCAAAUUCCAGCAUGGUGUUAUUGUAGCGGUGGACUCCAGAGCCACAGCAGGCUCCUACAUUGCCUCGCAGACAGUAAAGAAGGUGAUUGAGAUCAACCCCUACCUGCUGGGUACCAUGGCUGGAGGAGCUGCAGAUUGUAGCUUCUGGGAGCGCCUGCUGGCUCGCCAGUGCCGCAUCUACGAACUCCGCAACAAGGAGCGCAUCUCAGUGGCAGCAGCCUCCAAACUGCUUGCGAACAUGGUGUACCAGUACAAGGGCAUGGGACUCAGCAUGGGAACCAUGGUGUGUGGCUGGGACAAGAGAGGGCCAGGGCUGUACUAUGUCGACUCAGAGGGGAACCGUGUGUGUGGCGAUCUGUUUGCCGUUGGCUCAGGCUCCAUGUAUGCCUACGGUGUGAUGGACAGUGGCCUGCGGCAGGACCUGACUGUGGAGGAGGCCUGCGAGCUAGGCCGCCGCGCCAUCUACCAGGCCACGUACCGUGACGCCUACAGUGGAGGGCAGGUCAACCUGUAUCACGUCCACAGCGAGGGGUGGACCAGGGUCUCCCAGGAAGACGUCCUCAUGCUGCACCAGCAGUACAGAGAUCAGGCAUAAGAUCUAGAGCACAGAGGGAACCAGGAGGUGGGGCGUGAAUAGGGAGGGUUAGGAGUUUAUUCUCGUAUCUAAUGUUAAGAUGUUCUGAAAUGUCAGUAGAGUUGACACAUGAAUAAAAAGGACUCAUCUGCCGAUUGACUUCCACUUGCAUUAGUUCUGUUACUCAUUUUGACAUGUUGCUAACUUAAAGCUUCAUAUUGUACAUUUUUAACAAUGCCAGCUCCGCUCACCCCACACGGAGUAUGAUUUGAGGGGCUGCAGAGACAGGGCUGAUGACUCAAACGUGCUUUAAUACAGUGUGGGUGUAAGUGUGGUGCUUGCCCUACAUACAUUUCAUUUGGAUCAUACAUUGGGAAACUACAUCAUCUUUCUCAAUAAAACCUGUGAUGUUCUUUUUUCAACA